UUACUGAAGUAUCGUUUCAAGAAACAGUACAGACAUCCAUCACUAGAUGCUUUGUUGACUCGGUCCCGUGUCGCGGGAGAGGCCAGGGCGCUGAUAAAAUGUCUCAGGUCCGGGGUAAACGUUCCUGGGGUGCGGAUGGUAGACGCUUCCGAGGGUAUUUUGGGGAUAGAGUGGAUCGAUGGCAAAAGUGUCAGGAACCUUCUCCCGGGAGUGUUCGCAGCUUGGUUUCCAUUCACCUCGGAGCCCCUAGACACAUUGAUGAGCCUCAUUGGCAUAGAAAUUGCCAAAAUACAUCUGGCUGAUGUAGUUCACGGCGAUUUGACGACCUCCAAUAUGAUGCUCCGACUACCAAAGCCUAAUCAAUCCACGACCGAGCUCGUUUUGAUUGAUUUUGGGCUUUCCUAUAUAUCAACGUUGGUGGAGGACAAGGCAGUAGACCUGUACGUGCUUGAACGGGCCUUUGCCUCUACGCAUCCAGAUUCGGAGCCUCUUUUUGCUUCUGUGCUCACCGCGUAUGGAACACGACUAGGCUCUGAGUGGAACGCUAUUAGUCGGCGUCUUGAUGAUGUCCGUUUACGUGGCCGAAAACGUAGUAUGGUGGGUUGA